AUGACUGAACUUGUUCCACUUCCCUUUCAUCCACCAGAUGAUCCAUGUGGGCAGCCACCGUCAUUCCCACACUCACAUCUGCAGGGGAAAACUGGUCUGGACCUCGGGGAUGAACUUCUGUAUAGCUGUGACCCAGGAUACAAACUUCCCAAUGGAGAUAUGGGCUUCAGCCUGCUUUGCGACAGUUGUGGAGAAUGGUAUGGCCUGGUGCAGCAUUGCGUGAAAGAUGAUUCUGAAGGCCACAUCGACUAUGAAGAUAAGUUCACAGAUGGCCAUCUCCUUGAGAAUCCGAGGGAGGAGCAUCAUAUUUCUUUGAAUCCAGGAGGAACGCAGUCCACUGUUCAUGAAGUAGAAGAAUCCUCUCCUGAGCCUGAGCCAGAGCCUGAGCGGACAGUCAUGUCUGAGGAGGAGAAGGAGAAUGAUGGAGAUUCAACUAUAUCAGUCUCUGAACCUCCAGUGUCUCAACUCAGUCAGAAGCACAUGUUCUGGUUCCCUUCAGAGGCCUUCCAGGAAGAGAAGGAGCAGCCGGGUAUCUCCACUGAUUUCUCCUCUGUUAAAAACCCCACUGAAGAUGAGAGUCACAUGACGGUCAAAACAACCAACAGCCAGUCUGGUCCUGACAUUAUCGCAGAGGAAAGUGACUAUACGACAGAUCCUCCCACCGAUGAACCUACCAGUCCCAGUGCCGGCGGCUCAGACGAGUCCUGGCUAGAUGGAUACCCUGUUACUCAGGAUGAAGAUAAAGCUGGAGGUGAGUCCACAGGGGAGGCAGGGCCAGAACAAGGUGCAGAGUCAGAAACAGAGACCUUGCCUGGCCACUCGGAAGUUGAGGUGUUUGAGGAUGUAACCAAAAACCCAGUGGAAGAAGAGACCGGGGGUUUGAUUGACAACCCUGAGGAGGACGAAGAUGGAGAAAUAAAAACUCCUGAGGACACAAUCCACAUGAAAGGAGACGAGGAGGAGCUCGGUAAAGGGACAAUCAGACUUGAAAAGGAAGAGUCUGUUGUAACACCUUAUGAGGAAACAAUUGAAGGACUUUCAGAAGAUGAAAUGGUGAAAGAAACGUACACACCAGAGAAAACAGACUCUGAUGGAUCCAAAACAUUGGGGUUUGAUGGUGUUACUGACAGUCCAAAUGGCGUGGAGGUGAAGCCCACCACCUUCAUUACUCAGAUUACACCCAGUCCAGAUGAUACUGCUGUACACAAGCGGCCCAUGUCGUACACACCGGCUUCCGCUCCUGAAAACGUGAGCACCAGUCAAGGCGGCUUGGGCCCUGAGAACACAUCCACGCCUUCUGGGAUGGUACAUCUGGAUGGUCCACCUGAUUAUAUCACCAGCAUGCUAACACCCGUCAUCAAGGAUCCAUGGGAAACCUUCGAUGACCACUUGCUGGAGCACAUCCCUGGUCACGUCCCAACUGAAAACCCUGAAAAUCGGAGCGUGAUGGAAAGAGGUGGAGAUCACAGCCUUGAUCAACAGGAGCGGGCUGGAGAGGGUGCUUGUGCAGAAGACCCCUGUCACGGUUCAGGCCGUGGGCCCAUGAUCGCAGCCAUUAUCGUUGGCAUCGUAGCAGCGGUGAUGGGUGUGGUCUUGGGGGUGUGGUGUUAUAAAAAGAGGCAACAAAAGAGCUCUCACUACCAGCUCAAUGGAACUAACAGGCAAACGCAGUGCAUUGAAUUACAACAGACUGUGUGAAAGUCACACAGAUCCUCAUAAAGCCACACAGCUUACUCAGUCAUCCAUACAAAGCCAUUUAUGUGUGAACAUUACAGUCUACGUCCACUAUCUAUCUAUCU